AUGACUUAUUCCAAACUCGUUGUUAUACUUGGGGCCACGGGGAACCAGGGUGGCUCUGUCACCAGCACGUUCCUUGAAGAACCUGGCUGGCAGGUUCGCGCCCUAACUCGUAACACCUCGGGCCCCAAGGCUCAAGCCCUGGCAGCGCGCGGAGCUCAAGUCGCCUACGCUGAUCUGGACAAACCUGAAUCGUUGGCAGCCGCCUUCGAGGAUGCUAAUGCCAUAUUUGCCGUCAGCGACUUUUGGGGCCUCUACGGUGACUCUUCCAGUAAAGAGAAGGCUAAGCCCGGACAGCCAUUGAAUGCUUGGGCAGGUGAACAUGAAACUCUGCAGCUAAAAGGUGUGAUUGACGCCGCAGCCAGAGUACCAACAUUGGAACGCUUCGUCCUCUCCUCGCUCGCAAAUGUAACGAAAUGGUCCGGGGGAAAGUAUACCCAUGUCUAUCACUUCGACUCGAAAGCGAAUGCAGCAGAGUAUGGCCAGGAGAGGUAUCCUGACCUGUGGAAAAAGACAAGCAUCUUCCAAGCAGGCUUUUUCUUGAGCAACUAUGUCAGUAACCCCAUGACUAAAGUAUCCAAGAACGAGGAAGGAGUAGUCCAAUUCAUUGGACACAUAGAGCCAGACGUCAAAAUCCCAUUCAUCGCACCCGAAGAGGACUCUGGUCCCAUCGUCAAAACGCUUGUCAACGAGCCUGCCGGAAAGAACAUCAUCGGAUAUAGAGGCUGGCUUACUAUGCCAGAGCUGGCGCAAUCAUUUUCAAAAGCGACCGGUAUAAAAGCAGAGUCCGUCACCUUGCCUAAGGGUGAUUUUCCUCCAACCCUUCCGGAAGAGUUGAAACUAGAGCUUGGCGAUAACUUCGCAGCCUUCAAUGAGAUCGGGUAUGAGGCUAGGAACGAUCCUACUGUUAUCCACCCGCGAGAUCUAAAGUCGCCUCCGUCGCUUGAUACCGUGGAGAACUAUUGGAAGAAACAGGACUGGUCGAAGGCUCUUGCUGCAUCUAGGUAA